GAUUCAUUCGACAUUCGGUUGUGAAAUAAAUAUACCUGGUUGUCUUCUGUGCCCAAGAUGUUCAUAGAUGAGAGGAUUGUGACUCUAUUCAAACAAAACGCCCAUCACACGCUGACUUAUUGGAGCGUUUUCUUCAGCUUUGGACUAUGCAUUGCUUUUCUUGGACCUACAAUAUUGGACUUGCAAUGUCAAACAAACUCAACACUGAGUCAGAUCACCUGGGUCUUCUUUUCUCAGCAGUUCUGCUUGUUGAUCGGCAGCUCGGUCGGUGGCGUUUUCAAGAGAACGUUAUUCAGUGCUCUAGCUGCCCUGUUUGUCUCUGCUCUUCUCAUCUCUGUAAUAUUUGCCAUCAUUCCUGUAUGCAAUAAUGUCCUCGUACUGGCCAUCGCCAUGGCUGUGUCUGGUUUGGCAAUGGGGGUUAUUGACACCAUUGCUAACAUUCAACUGGUCACCAUCUAUCAGAAGGACUCAGCCAUUUUCUUACAGGCUCUGCACUUCUUCAUCGGGUUUGGAGCCCUGGUGAGUCCACUGAUUGCAGAUCCUUUCCUCUCUGAGACAGGCUGUGGGAAUCAUACGGGGAACGAGACCGAGAUCAUGCAUCAUUUCAGAACCAUGCUGAGAUACAGUCCAAUUGCAGAGCACAACAUAACUCAGAGCCACCUGCCUCAUGAUGGAGUGGAGAAGGAGGAGCCAAUUGUGCAAUAUGCUUUCUGGAUCAUGGCGCUUAUUAAUCUGCCUGUGCCCAUUGCUGUGCUGUUUCUCAUGUAUCGGGAGAACUUACUCCCAUGCUGCCGUGGCAGCUCUCCACGUCUUUUAGACAAGGAUGAACUAGCAAUGGAGACCCAGCAGGGGGCCGAGGGCCCAGACUUGGAGCAGAAGGAACAUGAAGCUGGAGGUCAUGGAAGUAUCUUCAGCUGCUGUCAGAAUGAUAACCUGCGUGGACUGCCAGUAUCCUUCUUUAUGAUUCAUAUCCUUGGAGGAAUGGUGCUCUUUAUGACCGAUGGCAUUGUGGGAGCAUAUGCUGGCUUUGUGUACACCUACGCUGUGGCCCCACCGAUGUCGUUACCGAACAAGAUAGCGGGUUACCUGGCUAGUAUUUUCUGGGCAGCGAUCACAGCUGGACGCCUCUUGUCUAUUCCUCUCUCAUAUCGUUUCCAGCCUGUACGGCUACUCAUGUUCAACCUGGCAGGAGCUAUUGUUACUGUGUUGAUGCUGCUCAUUUUCUACACCAGCAGCACCUUUCUGUUUGUCGGAACCUGUUUAUGUGGACUUUUUUUGAGCAGCAUUUUCCCCUGUAUGCUUGCCUACACUGAGGAUAUCCUUGAUUACCAGGGAUGUGCAACCUCUGUCCUGGUGACAAGUGCAGGGAUGGGAGAGAUGGUAAUGCAGGUCCUGGUUGGCUCAAUCAUUCAGAGUGAAGGAAGCUACAGCUUCCUGUUGUGCGGAAUGAUAAUCGCCUGCAUUGGGUUUAUCCUCUUCUUUGGCCUCCUGUUUUUCCAUCGAAUGCACAGAAAUUACCUCACAGGAACAUUAAAGAAGUCAGCAAUGGUAGAAGAACCAGGAGCAGACCAGAACGGCUCAGCCAAAGCAGAACAGAAAGAGAAUGACGACACUGUGACAAUUUCAUAGUUUAGCUUUUUUAAAUCUUCUAUUCUGUAAAUCAAAAAAAUAAACAAAUAAAUGCAUUAGUCACAAAGGUUUCCCAGUUUUUAUAGCUAGAUUGUUAGAAAUGAAAAAGGAUAGUCCGAGUUUUGGAAAGUGUUCGUGUGCUAACGGGUAAUAAUGAAUUAAUAAUGAACAUUAAUCCUGUCAAAUUAAUGUUCAUUAAAAGCCAAUAAAAUUCAAUUUCUGAAUUGAAUUUUAUUCAAUUCUCACAAAGCAUCAGCAACACAGUCAAAUCACAAUCUGGAGACAAAUUGAGUCUGAGAACCUAUUUAGACACCAAACAUUUGAAGAUAAACAUGUUUGACAUCUCUAGUAAUGCAGAAAGAAGGAAGGUGGUGCGUCAUAAUCAGAGAUUUGCAAUCAGUUUAAAUAAUUCACAUAAAAAUUAGAGAACUUCCCAAAUGAAGACUUCCUUUACUGCAUUUCUUCUUUGUCUUUAAAAGCUUACAUGAUAUUUUCUGGAGCCAAAUGGUGCUCAGAGGAAACUGGAAAGCAGAAGUGAUCCUGUUUAGUUCCGCAGGUCAUAUUGGUCUGUUUUUGAGGGACUAUCUUAAAAAUGUAAUGAAAGAAAACAAAUUUCCACAGUUUCAUUAAUGAAAAGUUGGAGUAAAAUCUACUUGGUCCAAAAUUCCAUUAUAUUCGUCCUACUUUGCACUAUAGAGAACCCUCUAUGACUGUUUUGUCAUAGAUUACACACUCUGUACACUAGGCAUCUGUUAAACAUAUUUGAGUAUUUCAUCUAAAAUAAUUGUCCUAGACUCCAAAAGUGAUGCAAAAGCAAGUCUGACAAUCUAUCAUAAUUACCAGGGUAAAUUAGUAGUGGUUUCUCUGGGUUCAGUGAUUUU